AUGAAGCAAUUAGCUGAUAAGAAGAUAAGUGAUAAAGAAUUGAAUGUAGGAGAUGAGGUUUAUGUCAAGCUCAAACCUUACAGGCAAUUGUUUGUGGCUCAAAAGGGGAACCACAAAUUGUCUCCCAAAUACUUUGGCCUGUAUAUGGUGGUGGAUAGAAUAGGCGCAGUUGCAUACAAACUCCAGUUACCAGUAGAGGCAAGAAUUCACAAUGUCUUUCACAUCUCUCAAUUGAAGAAGAAAAUUGGAGAUCAGAUAGCAACAGUAAGGUGGCCUACAUUUUUUAAUGAAACCCAAGAGGUGCAGAAAAUUCCUAUGACCAUCCUGGAUCGGCAAUUAGUAAAGAGGUUUAAUAAGGCUGGGGUCAAGGUAUUGGUGCAGUGGUCUGACUCAUCACCUGAAGGAGCUACUUGGGAAUUCUAUGAUGUGCUACAGAGACAAUUUCUGAAAUUUUGCUGUCAAAAUCCUUGA